AUGAAAAAACUCAAACUCAUGGAUCACUCAUCCUGCCGGAGGAGAUAUCAGGAUCCUCCGUCAAAGGCGACGGCGAGAACACUGAAUAAUAACAAUAAUAAUCCGAAGAAGAAAAGAGUCGUCAAAGAAGAUCUUGAUGAUGACAAGAUUGUUUCAAAGCAUCCAACUUAUCGAGGGGUGAGAAUGCGACAAUGGGGAAAAUGGGUCUCCGAGAUAAGAGAGCCAAAGAAAAAAUCAAGAAUCUGGCUCGGUACCUUCUCCACGGCGGAGAUGGCGGCGCGUGCUCACGACGUAGCGGCUUUAGCCAUUAAAGGCGGCUCUGCUCACCUCAACUUCCCUGAGCUAGUGUACCAACUCCCUAGACCGGCUAGUGCUGACCCUAAAGACAUCCAAGCCGCAGCCGCCGCUGCGGCAGCUGCCGUCGCCGUUGACAUGGAAGUAGAGACGUCUACGUCCUCUCCUGUAAGCUCGGAACCAUCGUCUCCGGCUACGACCACACUAGCAGACGACGCGUUUUCUGACCUCCCCGAUCUCUUGCUCGACGUGAACCACAACAUUGACGGCUUUUGGGACUCGUUUCCUUACGAAGAGCAUUUCUUCUCGGGAACUUACUAG